GUCUGCAUAACAACCGGGAGCGAAUAUUAUCGACCUUGAUUAGUCAUAGCAGUAAAUAUACCCUAUAAUAUAUCUACGGUCGGUCAGUUGCGUGUGAUGCUUUGCAUCGUCAGUUAUUCAUUUUAAUAUGGCGUCAUCUAAAGGAAACCUGGAAGAAAAAGACUUAAGAAUCAAGGCGUGGCUUGAAGACAAAAAGAAACUUUCGCUACUACUGGAAGAAGCGAGAAACCGCCCCACAAAGACCCUUCUUAUAAAUUUAUAUCUGAAAAGUAAGGAAUCAGCCAACGUGGAAGAACUGGAAGCAGAAACCGAGAGUGUCAUGUCAAUUACGUUUCCUCGCACCGGGUCUUUGGAACAACGGAUCAAAGAUAUCCAGAAACAGUGUCUGAACCAACUGGGUGACUUGUUAACUCCCGAAUUAAUUAAUAAAUUAAAUUAAUAUCA